AUGGCAGAACCUUCCCGUAGAAGUUCGCGGGAAAAACCCGCGGUCAUCUACGACGAGAACGCCAUGGACGUCGACCGCCUCCUGGAGGAAGAGGAGGAGGCGGAGAGACAGGGCGAGGAGGGGGGCAGGGGGAGGGGGAAGAAGAAGACCACGAAGAAGCAGGCGGAUUCGGACUCAGACUCGGACAAUGACCAAGGACAAAAGAAAGGAGGCCGGAAGGGCCGCCGUGCUGUCGUAGACAUCUCCGACGACGAAGCCAGCGGCGGCGACGUCGACGGCGACCGCGACGACGACGUCUCUGAAGGCACCGGCGGAAGCGAUGGCGACGACAUCGCGGUCGUCAAGGUAGUCGAUGGCAGCCGCAGCAGCAGCGGUGGCGGCGGGAAAAGCAACGGCAAGAGAAAAAAGAGGUCCUCCAGCGUCAAGGCCGCGGCGGAGAGGAAGAGGAGCAGGGAGGAGGAGACGAAAAAUAGCAAGACGGAGAAGAACGGUGGCGGCGGUAAAAAAAAGGCCAAGAGAUCCUCAGCCGGGUCGUCGGCGUCGUCGAACACGGGAGCAGACGAAGAUGAUGAGCAGUUGGAGCUGGACGGGGAAGGGGGCGGCGACGAGGAGGAGGAGGAGGAGGAGGAGGAGGAGGAGGAGGCGGACCCGGAAGCCAAUGCCGCCGCUGGUCGCUCUGCCAGGAGAGAUCGCCGGAAGAAUAAGGCCGGCAGCGGGGGGGUUGACGAAGGCGACGACGUUGACGAUGACGACGAUAGCGCUAGCGCGGCGUCGGUGAUGACUCCGGAGGGAGAGCGAGACGAGAACCACGUCAACAGCAGCAGCGAGCAGGAUGAUGAUGACAGCGAGAGCGAGGAGGACGAGGACGAGGAGGAGAAGCCUCUCAAGCCCGCCAAGAUCCUGGCCAGGAAGACUCUCAAGCCGGCAGAGUGGCGAGAGAUGUGCAAGGACAUGAGCACGGACCAGGUUACGGCGGGGUCCAUGUGGGACCAAGACCAAGAAGGGGACGACACGGCGGACGCCAAGCCGGUGGAGAAGUACCUAGUCAAGUGGAGCGACAUGAGCUAUCUCCACGUGUCGUGGGAGACCGCGGAGGACCUCAUAGAGCUCACGACCUCUCACGUCAAGUCGCAGCUCAACCGUUUCCGGGACAGGGAGUUCGGCAUUGAGCUGGAGAUGGAGCGCGGGGACGGCGAGUUCUUCGACCCGUCACUUGUGCAGCUAGAGCGCGUCCUCGACGUGGACGAGGUGGAGGGGGAGGAAACCCGUCUGCUGGUGAAGUGGGCGGGGGCCCCGUACUCUGCGUGCACUUACGAGCUGGUGAAGGACCUGGACAACGCAGGGCAGGAGUACGAGGAGGCGGUGGAGGCGUACAAGUGGCGGGAAGACAUUAAGAGACUCAAGAACCUGAAGGCCACCCGGAGUAUAUCCGACGGGGCCCCCGACCUCGACAAGGAUCCACCCGUAUUCAAGAACGGGGGAUCUCUGCGGGACUACCAGAGAGAGGUGGGUGCGCGGUUGCCCGGCAACGGACUUUCCCGGGGCGUCCGGUGGAUGGUGUACAACUGGCUGCAGGGUCGCGGGAGCAUUUUGGCAGACGAGAUGGGACUCGGGAAAACCCUUCAGACGGUAACGUUCCUGUCCAUCCUGCACAACGACUACGGGAAGCGUGGGCCUUUCCUGGUGAUUGCCCCGCUGUCCACCGUGACCCACUGGCAGAGGGAGUUCCAGACGUGGUCCGACAUGAACACCAUCGUCUUCCACGGAGAUCAGGACGACCGUGAGAUUCUGGAGAACUACGAGAUGGAGUUUUCCGAGGACAUGGGAAAGAAGGCUAAGGACAAGUCCACGAUCAAGGGCCGGCGACUGUGGAAAUCUACCGUGGUGGUCACUACCCCGGAGCUGUGCAUCCGUAAGGAGGUGUCGUCGCUGCUCGGGCGAAAGAUUCACUGGGACGCGCUUGUGGUGGACGAGGCUCACCGCCUUAAGAGCAGCCGCUCCAAGCUCAACGUGGCCUUGAAGGAAAGCUUCACGUUUGACUCCACCCUGCUUCUCACCGGGACGCCACUGCAAAACAAUACAGAGGAGCUGUGGACUCUCCUCAACCUGGUAGAUGCGCCAAAGUUCCGCAACAAGGACCAGUUCGUCGAGGAUUACGGGGAUUUGCAGGUGGAGCUGACGGAGAUCCAGAAGCAGUACUACCGGGCCAUCUACGAGCAGAACACGACCUUCCUGCUGCAGGGUAAGAAGAGGGCGCAGGACGGGCCUAGCCUGAUGAACCUCGCCAUGCAGCUCAGGAAGUGCUGCAACCACCCGUACCUCAUCACUGGCGUGGAGGAUGCUGUCCGUGUCCAGAUGGGAGACAGCGGGGAAGACAAGGAGCAUCUGGUUAAGCACUCCGGCAAGCUGGUCCUACUGGACAAGCUCUUGCCUCGCCUCAAGCAGCAGGGGCACCGCGUUCUUCUCUUCAGCCAGUUCAAGAUCAUGCUGAAUAUCUUGGAGGACUACCUGAUCGCUUCGGGCAUCCCGUACGGCCGCAUUGACGGCAGCAUUCAGGGAAACCUCCGCCAGAAGGCGAUCGACAGCUUUCAGGCCCCCGACAGCGACAUGUUCGUGAUGCUGCUGUCGACGAAGGCGGGCGGGGUAGGCAUCACCCUCACGGCCGCGGACACGUGCAUCAUCUACGACAGCGAUUGGAACCCUCAGAACGACGUCCAAGCUCAAGCCCGUUGCCACCGCAUCGGGCAGACCAAGAGCGUCAAGCUAUACAUUUGCAGUAUUCAGCACCUGUGCUUCAUAUUCCUCUUAUCGCCCCCCCUGCUCUGGCCACAUAAGGUAUAUCGUCUCCUGGUGGCGAAGACGUACGAGAUGCACAUGUUCAAGACCGCCAGCAAGAAGCUGGGCCUCGACCAGGCCGUCCUGUCCAGCUCCAGACCGCAGAACAAGCAGGACAAGCAGGCUCCCACCAAGGCCGAGGUGGAGAUGCUGCUCAAGCACGGCGCGUACGACGUGUUCAAGGAGGGCAAGGAAGGGGAGGAGGCCGCCAAGAAGUUCUGCGAGGACGACAUCGAGUCCAUCCUCUCGAGGGCAGUGGUUGUGAACCGCUCUGCGGACGGCGUGGAGGAAGGCAAGCCUUCCAACUCGUUCAGCAAGGCCAGCUUCGUGGCCACUAGCAAUGACGCCGGAAGCGCGGCGGUGGAUGUGAACGACCCCGAGUUCUGGACGAAGUGCGUUGGCCUACAGGUCCCGGUGGAGAAGGAGGAACAGCUCGGAAGGCGGGCGGCGCGAGGCGGCCGGAAGGACUACAAGGACAAGGGCGUGAGCGACGACGACUUGGGGGACGAGGACUCUGACUCGGCGGUCAACUCGGAGUUUGAGGACGUCUCGAGCGGCGACGACUCGGUGGUAAUGCUCAACGACAGGCAUCUGUGGGGUCACGACGACAUCAAUGACGUGUUCGGGUUUGCUUCCCUGGCGCGCACCAAGGUCCGCGGUGACACGGAGGACGGAAGUGACGGAAACGCCGAGGACCAGGUGCUCGUUCAGCAGGUCACCGGAGAACUGGAGCGCUAUCAAGCGCUGUUCGUCAAGGCAGAAGAGGUAGAGCGCGACUUCAGCAAAUGCGCUGAUCUCCUCACACGCCACAGGAGCCGCGUGGACACCUACUGGGUAGAGAUGAUCAUGUUCCUCCACGCCAACUUCAAGCACGUCCCUGACUUCAAAGAAAUCCCCGUCAUCGAAAGCAAGAACAUUCGCAAGGCUCUCCCGGCACGGUUCACCGGGGUGGAUGCUGAGCUGGCAGCAGCUGAGGCUGCCUUUGACAUGGACGUGAUGUCCUGUGACGCUGCUACUAUCGGGGUAAGUACCGGGUUCGUCUGUAGCGCGCUGCUUACCUUCGGGUACGGCCGGUGGCAAGAGAUCCGGACCAUGGCGUCCGUUAGAGACAGAAGCCUCGCUGACGUGGCUGCCGUGUGCCGGGCGAUGAUCGCCGUCAUGCUCCAGAUGGAGGCCGUCCACAACGCGCAGGCCAUCGUGAAGCGGGAGCGCGAGGACCAGAUCGUUCAGCGGUUGGUUGCGAUCGGGAACAAGGCCAGGGAGGAGGCAACCGCCGCCGCGGCCGCCGCCGCCGCAGCCGCAGCCGCCGCCGCAGCCGCCCCCGUCACCGCAGCCGCCCCCGCCGCCGCCCCCGCCGCCGCAGCCGCCCCCGCCGCCGCCGCUGCUGCCGCCCCCGUCGCUGAGAACGGGGCUGCUGGUCCGUCGACCGCACCGGCACCGGCGGCAGCAGCAGCGGCCCCGGCCACCGCUGUUACCGCCUCCUCCGCGGCCGGUAGCAGCAGCGGCGACGCUCCUGGUAGUAGCGCGGCGGCGUGUUCUCCUGUUGUCGCCGCUAGAGCCGCCGCCGCUAUCGCCGCGGCGCAGGCCAAGGCCAAGGCCAAGGCGGCGAUGCCCCUGUCGGCCAUCGUCGCCCCUGGCUCGUCCGGCAGCGGCAGCGGCAGCGGCUCCUGCGGCAGCAUCACCGCGGCCAUGCGCCAGGCCGCCGCCGCCCUCGUGGCCGCGACCCCGGAGGCACGGCGCGCGGCGGAGAAGGAGGUGCCCGCCCCGACCGACGCGCACCUCCAGCUGACGGCCAAAAAGGCCCUGGAGGCGCUGGUUGCGAGGCAUCCGUCGGCCGCCCGAGCGGUGCAGGACAUGCGGCGCAUCCUGGCGGAGUCCGCGGCGAGCGCAACCAGGAAGAGGGAGCUGGCUGCCGCGACGGCGGCGGGGGCGGCGAAGGCGAAGGCGACGGUGCCGCCGCCGCAGCAAGUUGGCGAUGGUGUGUCACCCGCUGCUGCUGCGGCGGCGGCGGCGAAUCCCGGCGCGGGGGAAAAGGCAGGAGGGAUAGAAGUAGCGGCAGGAGUCGGACCAGCAGCAGGAGUUAGUCCAGCAGCAGGAGCAGCAGCUGCAGCAGCAGCAGCAGCAGAUGCGGCGGGGGCGCGAGCGGCGGCAGCAGUAACAGCAGAUGCGGCGGUGGCGCCGGCAAACGCGAGCGGGGAGACGGUGUCUCCUCCGGCGCCAGCGGCAGCGGGAGCACCGGCACCGGCGACAGGCGCGGAGGGGUUGGGGGCCGACGGGGCGGCGGGGCCCGAGGUCAAACCGGCGGCCGUAGCAUCGGCGGCGGGGGCUCCGUCUGUUGCCGAGGGCGGGAGCGGCGCUGCUGGUGCAGUAGUGGCGGCGGCGGCGGCGGCAGCGGCAGCGGCGGCGGCGGCGGCGGUGGUUCAAAAGGAGACUGACACGAUGACGAUCCUGAACCAAGUGUGGAAGCCCAAGAACGUCCAAGUUGGCAGCAAGUUCCGCGCCUCGCUUGUGCGGCCUCCAUUCGGGAGGCAUCUGAAUCAGGUCCCCGCCGGAUGGGGACCCGCCCACGACAAGUGGCUGGCCCACGCCGCCCUUGAGCAGGGGUGGUUCACUUCCAUGCAGAAGAAGAAGGCCAUGAAGAUCAUCGAGGACGCCAGGGGGCUGUGGCCUGGUCUGAUCAGCAUGCCAGACCACGUCAUCCUCGGGAGGCGUCUGAAGCAGCUCGUCGCCAAGUUCAGGACCGAGGCCUCGAGGCACGCCGCUGCCGCGAAGAAGGUAGAGAGGGAGAGGGCCGACGCGGCCUACAAGCAGAGGAAGUUCCUGGCCGACAUGGAGAGGCAGAAGGUCAAGAGGGAGCAGGAGGAGAGGAUCCGGCGAGAGUGGCAGGCGCGUGAGGCGAAGCGAGCCCAAGACAAGGCGGCCAAACUGAAGGAGGCCAGCAUGGCGACCAAGCAAGCCAGGGACGUCCAACGGACGGCGGCGGCGAGAGCCCGCGCGGAGGAACUCGCGAAAGAGCGGGACCGGGCCGUGGCGGCCAGGGCAAGGCUCGCCGCUGCCGCUCGGGAGCGAAACCCGGCUGCUUCGCUGGCGGAGAUCCUGCGCGCGCCGACGCAGGAGCAGCCGGAGCAGCCGCCGGUGAGGCCGUACCUGCCGUCAGGUCUCGACGCGAGCUCGCCCAACGUGAGGACGGUGCACGACGCGCGCGGGAACAUCGCCGGCUACCAGGUCUGGCCCUCCGUGGCGGAGAGGCAGCUGGCGGCGGCUGCGGCGGCGAUGACGGGUAGCGCUUCCAACGAGGACGGCCGGAUGUCGUCGUCGAGUAACGGAGGGGGUGGUGAUGGUGGUGGCGACGGUAGGGAAGGGGUGACGCAGAAGGUGCCGUUUGUGGGCGCCGGGAGUGCGGGCGAGGUGGGGAGCGCGAUGACUGGGCCGUCGUCGGCGUCGUCGGCGGCGUCGAGUAGUAACGGGAGCAGCAGGGCGGCGGCGAUAGCCAUGUUGGCGCCGCCGGGGGGGCUAUCGAUUGCGGCGUGUGCGGCGAUGAGCGAUGACGGCAUUAUGCUGAGACACGCUGUGCACAACCUCGGCGUGCCAGUCUCCAUGCUCCUGAGCCACAACCCGUCCGCAGGGGGGGGCUCGGCGUCCGCUUACUCGCCGCUCCGGGCGGUGUUGGACAUGUCGAUACAGUCAUUCGCCGCUCGACUAGCGCAGUUGGCGGAGCUGAAGGCCGCUCCCAUGCCGUCCUGGUGGAAGCCGGCCGUUCACGACGCGCAUCUCCUUAUCGCCAGCUGCAUCUACGGAUCGUCGAGCGACUACGGCGUCGACAAGGCGAUGAAGGAGACGACCCUGGCCAUGCUUCAGGAGAACGGCCUGGCCUUCGCCGCCCAAGAGAGGGAGAACAACAAGGCCGGUGGCGGACCCAGCACCAUCAAGGCGGAUGACGCCGGCGGAGUUGCCGCCUCCCUGGUCCCCGGGUGCCAGUCGGCGGAGCCGAUGGAGCCGCUCGCGGCCAUGACGAACCCGCCGCUUACCACCGCAGCUGCGAAGUCGCGCAUUAAGGCCCUGCAGACGGCGGCCUUCGUCUCCGCCAGGCAUCACUCCUCCCUUCCGGCUCAGCCGCAGCGGAGUGCGGCGGUAAGCGGUGUUAACGGCGGCGGCGGCGGCGGCGGCGGCGGUGGGUCUACCGGUAGCAGCGGCAACACCGAUGACUGCGUUGUUGUCUCGGUGGCAACCAGCGGCGACGGCGGCGGCGGCGGCGGAGGCGACCUUGUGCAUCGCCCGGUCGCUGCCGCCGCAACCGGUGCCGCAACCGGUGCCGUGGCCGCUGCCGUAGGGGGCGGGACGACAGCAGUCGGUACCGCCGCCGCCGCCGCAGGAGGAGUUUCUUCUGUUUUGAACGCGGCGAGCGGGCUGCCGGCGGUGGCGGCAACAACGCCUUCGACGGCUAAACGACCGGUGCCCGAGGUGGUUGUGUUGGACCUCAGCGGCGACGACGGCUGCGGGGACAAGAGGGAGGCCGGGGUGUCGGAGUCGCCGGCGAAGAAGGCCAAGCUCCUCGAGCAUCCGCUGUCGCCGCAAGUCUCCAAGACCCGCCCUAUUGAGAGCAAGACUGCGCCGAUGGCGGGGACGGCUGCGUCGAGUGAAUCCGCGGCCGGUGCCACCGGCCGUGCGGCAGUUAGCAACGGUAGCGGCGUCGAUGUAUCGUGUAAGGCCGGAGAAAACGGAAACGAGGUCGCGGCUGGCGAGGAUGGUGGUGGAGGUGCGGCGACGAAGACGGCGGCCGAUGGAGGAGGGAAAGAUGCAGCAGUGAGCGAGAAUGGCGACGUGGCCGCCGCUGGUUCCGCCGCCGCCGCUGGCGCGAAGAAGGCCACGCCCGGCCCCAAGACCGGGACUCUAGAUUCCUUCUGGAGUUCCGGGUGAUGGUGGUCGUUCAGAUUAUGUUCGCGCCUCUGGCGUUCAGUUAGUUUCUGGUUGGUAUGUGUCGUCUGGCUACUGAGACGGCCUUUUCUUUUAUGCAACGGCAGCAGCGGUGGUGACACGCUAGACCGACCGUCUUGGAGACUGACUCUCCUCUUGGUGCACGCAUGUGUGUUUGUUUGGUUGCUUGUCCCGGAGAUAAAACAGGUGAUAUGAGGUGAUUAUUGUGUGACUACGCGCUGUGUUACUCCGAAUAAUGUUCUUGCUUGGUCCGCUGAUCCCAUCGUUGGUUUGUUUUGGAUCGUGUGCUUUUCCGGGGGGGGGGGGGGGGGGGGGNGGGGGGGGGGGGGGGGGGGGGGGGGUAGAAAUACGUUUUUCAGGCCGUUCAGUCGUGAAUCGAGGUACGCAGCUCUGGUUGACCGUGUACAAAGGAAGCAUUUGGAGGAUUUCGAAAUACUUUAGUCCUUGCGCACCGAGGAUUUUACGCUGAAGUCGAUCUCGGAUGUUUUCUAUGGAAUGGUAGGCAUUUUUGAUGUGUGGAAGGGUCUUCAAGAGAGGUUAGUUGUUCGGUCUGUUUCUUUUAUCUUUAGUUUGUUUCUACUUCGCAUGCAUCUGUUUACGUAGCUCUCUCGCCGGAUCUCGUAAUAAUGUGAAAUGAGGUUGGAGUACACACAACGAAGACGGAAGGGACCUUCACACUCCUAUCGCGUUAACGAUUGAG